UAUAUAUAUAUAGCUUACAGAGCUUCGUGUUUAUUACAAUAAAGAAAGAAAUUGACCAACAAUGGGUUCUCUUAUGCCAGGAUGGGACUCUCCAACCUUGGAUCCUGAAUCAGCUUCAAUUAAGAGGAAUCGAUCACUCACAAAACAACAAAUUGAUGCUUACUGGAGAACAAAAGAGAAGACUGAUUGUAAAUUAUCUGAAACUAUUCAGACCCGAAAAUUUGAGGAUUCAGAGAAUUCUGGUAUGUCCUGUACAGUGGUCAAGAACCGCAUAGAGAAGCCCUUGGAAAGGGAUGUUGAUGAGAAAAGUUUGAAGAAGUUUGUGAAGAAAAGUUACUGGUGGACCAUGAGCAGCUCGGCAUUUCUGAAUGAAAGACCACUGAUUGAAGCUUCUUCCAACAACUAUGCUUCACAGUUUCACGUAGCCAACAUGAGAUAAACAAAAUUUAAAACCGGAAAUGAAAUUAGUGCUUGAUGAUC